AUUCUCGGACCGCAAUGAAUUCAGUUCAUCGGUGCACUCGCGGACCGAUUGAAUUCUGGCCCGUGUGCAUUGGCGCAAGGAUCGGUUCGGAACAAACAACAGUCUGCCAGAAAUGCCAAAACAGAAGUCUUGGCCGGAGCCAAGCAGAAAAUGAAAGAAAUUGAUCGAAUCUAUCGGACUAUUUAUACCUCGUCAAAUAUAAUAUCCGUGUGAAAUUAAGCGAAGUUUGAAUCAAUAUCCCAAAAAUGACCACAAUCAACGAUCUUCCGAACGAGGUAAGCUACAUCUUCUCGGAUGUUUGUAACCGUGUUUCUGACCGUUCCUUGUCUUCAGAUCCUUCUCAUGAUUUUCCAGCAGGUUGAGGAUAAGAAAAAAUUCACCCGUACCUGCAAGCGCUGGAAUGAGUUGAUUGCUAACUUCCUGUAUCUGAGUAUCGAUCUCUCUAGCGAGGGAUGCAUCCGGAAAUUUAUGAACAUCACUUUCACCCGCAGCUAUCGGCAGCUGCACAUCUACGGGGUGAUGUUGGUGCGGUCGGACUUUAACUGGACGGACAGUUCACGGCAGCUGGAAAGUGCGCAUGCUAAGCGAGUUCGCUAUGGAACUGAUCCGUACGUGUUGUUGCGCAAGUGCCUGCAAGUGGUCCGUCAAUAUGAAGGGAUGUUGGAGUAUAUGAAUUUGACCUUUGGGCCGUUUAUGGACAAAAGCUUGCUGGCAUUCUUGCCCCGGAGCGAUGGGCCCAGUUCGUUGGAGACUUUGAUGAUCCGUUUUACUAGUUGGCACAUAAUGAAGUCUGAGGAUUGGAUCGUUGAUCGAAUGGAGUUUAUUUCCGAAGAGGGAUUAAAGGAAAUUUCAGAGAUGCCAAACCUCACAAGUCUCACGUUUAGCGACAACCGCUCAAAAGGUGAUCGAACUGCCCGACGAAAGUUCUUUGACGCAAUCGCCCGGAAGGCGAAAGCAAUAACAGAGAUAUCUCUGUCAUGUGGCUAUUACGCUUGUUUUUCGGAUUACCGAAUUAUUCGUAGUUUUUCAACGCAGUUACAGGUAUUGUCCUGUACCGUUUGGCCCAUAUUUGUGAAAGAUUUCUUACAACUUGCGUUUCCGGAAGUAAAAACCCUCUCCCUAAACUUCACACCCUGCACAACAACGCCAGACCCGGGCCGGUUCUUCGAAAACGCUAAAUCACUUGUCCGUCUAACCGUUACCAAUAUCGACGAUGAUGAGUUCUUCCGGCAAGGUGUCUAUCGUAGCGCUGCUACCGUCGAGUGGUUGACCAUCACUGGUACCCAAGAAAUACCCAUGGACGGGCUACAUGGCUUGAUCGGUUUGAGGGAAUUGGAACUGUGUGCGUAUAUCGAAUCCGAUGUGCAAAAUGCGGUGCCUUGCUCUCCGUCCUUGGAGAAGCUGGCAAUUGAUCGAUGCACCAGCGGUUUUUUGUUCUACUGCGUUUUGGCGGAAAGUGUUCCUUACAUUACGGAACUUUACAUCACCGAAGAUGAGGCGUUGAAUGAUGAGUGCCUACGGGUAAUAUGCACCACAAUGCCCAACUUACGGGGGUUGAAGCUCAAUGUACAGCUAUUCUUGGAAUAUCCGGUUACUGAUGUGGGUUUGCGUUACAUCGGAAAUCUACGCCAACUGGAAUACCUCUCAUUGGACUGCUUUGAUAGUGCGCAUUUGCUUAUGGAGCGAAGCCAUUUGAUUGGUUUUGAUUGGGCGCCAUUGCUUUGGGCAUCGGAAAUCCACCUAAAUGGAUUUCUUAUGAUUGAUGUGUCAAACAUAUUGGAUUUUCUGUUGAAUCCCAACUUGCGGAGCUUGAGCUUGGAGCGGUGCGGCAGGAGUGCCAGUAUGAUAGAAACUGUGAGGAAGAUCAAGCAGCUGAUGGACGUUUCACGACCACUGCCACGUAUUGCGGCGAUCUGGUGAUGUGGUAAGUUGGUA